GCCACUGAGCUGGUGUGUUGGUUUGUGUUUUAGUUGGUGGUUUGAGUAGGACUGGAAGGGGGCAAGAGGAGGUCCCAGUAGUGCCAGCAAAGCACAUGAGGUUUGACCCUGCCAGGAGGGCAGAGUAAGCAGUAGUACAGUGGCUGAGAGAGGCUGAGCCAAGGCCAGAGCCCAGGCAGCAAGAUCAGGAGCUGAAGGAGACAUCGUGGGCAUCUUAAAUGGUCCCUGCCAUCCCAGCUGAUCUUCAGAAGCAACUGAGACUCUUAUCAGUCAUUUCUGAGCCUCCUGCUAUGGUCAUCAGAUAAGUAGGAGGUGCUCAUUAUUCCAGUUUUGGCAGCUUGCAUCCCCCGUAUAUUCUGAGAAACCACAGAGGGCCAGAGCCUAAAGACACUGACAUAUUACUGCAGAGUGCAAUUACUCUGAGAGAGGAGAGACACCGGGCAGGACCAGGGCGCACAGCAGAGAAAGUGAUACUGGGCAAGGGAGAGCCACAGCCUGCCAAAGAGACAGGCUGGGGGACCGAGGCAAAGAGAUUGCCCAGGGGAGAAAGAGGAGAACACAGGAGAGGGGAGAGUAAAAGCAGAAGACACCAGGAGUACAGAGGACAGAAAGGAAGCCAAAGAAGCCUUGGCAGAGGGAGGCAGGAGCCAUGCCCCAUAGCUCGGACAGCAGUGACUCCAGCAGCUUCAGCCAGUCUCCCCCACCCAGCAAGCAGGACUCUUCUGACGACAUGAGGAAAGUCCAGAGACGGGAGAAGAACCGCAUUGCUGCCCAGAAGAGCCGACAGAGGCAGACUCAGAAGGCAGACACGCUUCACUUGGAGAGUGAGGACCUGGAGAGACAGAAUGCUGCUCUGCGCAGGGAAAUCAAGCAACUGACAGAGGAAAUGAAGCACUUUUCCUCAAUGCUGAGCUCCCACGAACCCCUCUGCUCCAUCCUGACCUCGCCGCCCCCGCCACCGCCUCACCCAGAGGUGCUCUAUGCAACACACUCCUUCCACCAGCCCCACAUCAGCUCCCCACGCUUCCAGCACUGAGCCAGCUACCAGGACACACAGCCUGCAGACUGCGCAGAUGAAAAGCAGAGACCCAUAGGGCUCAUUCAUUGGUCCAUUUGAGGAGCACAGACUGGUACAGCUAUUCUUGGCCCUCCUUCAAGCAUAUGCUGAGAGUGAUAUGUCCAGGACAUGUCUCCUGUGCCCACAUGGAGGGAUGGCAGGACACAUCGCUGGGGCAGUGAAAUCUAGGAUUGCUGGGGAAGGGGAAGCAUGCGCAGAAUGGCACCAAGCCCUUGGCUGUUGUUUGCUGGAGGACACUGGCAUGGGUCUGGGACACAGGAACUUUCUCUCCACGUGAGCAGGAGGCUGGAGACUGUACCUGCAAAUGCUCCAGCAAGAGGAACAUGGGAGAUGAGGG